AUGAAAACGCGUUUUUCUAUUAUUUGGAUCAAGGUAGUUGCCUUAAUCAGUGUUCUACUAAUGAGCACUCAUAGAGCAGAUUUAUCAAUAAGCGAAGUAGAGACUACUCUGCAGUUUGAAAUUGCAACAGAUGCUUCUCAAGUAGUGAUCAAUCCGGAUGGUCCUCUUAACUUCCUCCGGGGAUACAUCUACCAGAAGAUGGAGUGCAUGUACAACAAAAGAUUCUUUUCCCCACAGAUUAAGACACAUUACCUUUUAACAAAAGAUGAAGACAUGUCUGUCAAUUAUGAAGUAUAUAAAUACAAUCGAAAUGAACAGAUGGACAUGGCAUACCCAACAAACAGUAAAGUAGAUGUGUUUUCUAAGCAGUACCACACCCAUCUGAUUGAGCUGUUUCCAUCUCCCACUGGAGACAUAAACAUAGAAACACAAGGAAACCAGUCAUUUAUUCAGUUCCUUCGAGCAGAAAAAGUAGAAAAGCAUGCAUUGCAGAUUCUAGCUAUGCUGCUUCUUUUCUCAGAAGGGGUGGAUAUUCCUAUUGACGUUAGCAACAAGGUACUAGUGGUAUAUGAACCAAACAAAAAAGACGAAAUAUACCUUGAAGUGCCUAUGGAAAUUCCAUGGCUAAACCUUGUGGAAGACAAAGUACAAACAUUCCAACAGAAGAAAGUUAAACAAAUGAUCAACUUUUUCCAGGAGAAUGCAACCAAUCAUGAAGUACUUAGCUUAAUGAUGGAUAAGUGCACGAAAGAGGAAGUUAUGUCUGGAAAGUUCUUAGACAGUCCUAAGUUCCUGAUCCAGUCGUACAUAUUCGGGUUCAUAGACAGUGCACAGCGUGCAACAGAGUUUAUUCGGACUGUGCACACUAUGACAGAAAAAUAUGCACCAAAGACAGAAACACCAAGUAAAGGUGACUGUGUGUAUGACAGACUAUUUAAGCGUGCUGGAACCGCAGCAAACAUAGACUGCAUGGCUCUAAUGAAGAAAACUCAAGAGAUUUUAAAUACAAACCCGGCCUUCCCAUUUGCUAACAGCGCGCAGAUUCCUAGAUAUACAUCUGUUCCUAGGUACAACCGAAAAACAAACACCUUUUCUACUGAUCAUUUGAAAAACUACAGCAACUGCGUAGAGUGCAUGAUUCUUUCUCUCUUCUGCUGCCUGGCAUAUGAUCCAGCAGGGAAAAUUUAUCGAACAGACCACAUGGGGAAUGUCUCUAAAGAGCUUGAAGAAUUCUUUUCUCCAGAGAGCCAGCCAUUUGACACAACAAAGGCUGAAUUACAGAAGAACUGGUGCACAGUUGUUGCGUGCUUAGACGAGCCUAGCAUUGCAUACUGCAGAAAAAGAAACGAGUUAGACUGUGGUCUUAUAAACAUGCUCAUGGUUAUUGCUGAAGUAGUAAAUGCCUCUAGAGAAGAAAAAAACAAAAUACUUGGCUUUUCAGAGAUAUUAAAGGAGAAAAAGGGUGAAUUGAAAAAUGAACUAUUGACCGGUAUUAAAGAGUACACAAAGGCACUACUUAAACGCCUUUCCAAGAUAGAAGAUGUAGAAAUAAUGUUUUCUGAUAUUAAAAGUGCUAAGUAUAAAAAUGGAAGAUAUGACAUAUCUGGAAAGGCCACUAUCAUAUUUGAACACGGUGAAAUUAAGAACGCAAUAGAUUUAGAUAUAACCAAAGAGCACAGUUCUAUUAAUCUAAAGCCUACUGCUAUGAAUUCUGAGGAUGCCAGAAUGGAGAAAAUGAAUGAAAUAGCAGCCAGUUGUAAGAAUGGAGCCUCGUUUGUUGAAAGUCUAUUCGCUACAUAUGUGAGCUAUGAAGUGCGAAAGAUGGAUGUGUCUGAGGAUAAUAACAAAGAGUUUAUAAAGAGACAGAUACGCAAGACCAUCGAAAACAAUUUCACAGACAUCAAUAGACUUCUUUUGAUAAAGAAAAUCAAUGACAUUUACUUCAAGAAAGAUUUAGUUACAUGCUCUAUCAUAUACACUAUAAAUCAAAAUCUAUUACCAGCCCAUCCCAUUGUUCGCUUCACCUCCAACAUAGUAGGAAGCACUGAAUUAGACAAUUUGUAUACUCAACUACAGAUUCUUCCUCCAAUUAUUUUUGUAGACAUGCUUAGUAAAACAGGUAGUAGUAAUCUCAACUAUCCAAAUAUAAAAUUGGAAAAAGCCUGCCACGACCUUGUAGGUUAUAAUUUGUUUGCCUGUUUCUUCCUUAAUUAUAUAAUAGAUUGUGAUAUGAAUGUUUUCAUAAGGUGGAUUAAAUCCUAUAUAGACAAUCUUUACACACAACAUGGUGUAUGUUCUAAUAUAUUAUUAGACUCUUCAAUGAGCAGAAAGAUCUGUCAACAUAUAUUCAAAGAUGGAACUAUGAAAUAUUCUGACAUAAUUCAUGAUUUUAUGGUUGAAAAACACCACAGAAAGGAAGAUGAGAUAGUAAGCAUUGUACACUUCAUAUGGGCAGCAUAUCUUUGUCUUAUGGAAAGCCCAAAUAUAGAGCUGAUUAGAAGAAACUUAAAUUCUAUUCGAGAAACCAAGCUUAUUUCAUGGAGCUGUAUUUAUUAUUUUGAAGCUCCUUCUAUGUUCAGAAAGGCAAUUCAAAUGCUGAAUGUUCUAAAGGAUCAGCUAUGUGAAGAUGAAAAUGACACUAACAAGAUUGGUCCGAUCAUUGAAGCGCUUACAAAUAUUUAA